AUGGCUGGUAUCGCGGGCGGCCUCUACAACUCCAUCUUCCGAAGAAAUGUGGUCUUCUUGUCCGCGGUAUUCAGCGGAGCUUUCGCAUUCGAGAUUGGAUUCGAUCAAGCUCUAAGCAAAUACUGGGAUUGGAACAAUAAGGGACGGCAAUGGAAAGACAUACGACAUAAGUACGUGGAGAAUGAAGAGGAGUGA